CAACUAUGUAAACAAUGGAAGUCCUCGCUCGCAGCAAAAGAUUUAGAGGCAGUUUAGCAAACACCCGUCUGCGCGCAGGCAGCACACACGACAGUCUCGCCUUAACUCGGGGAAAGAUGGCCACGGACCUCAAGGAACUCGUGCACAACGUAGUCGAAGCUAAGUCACAGGAUCUCGGGGAACUGAGUCGUUUCGUCUGGGAGCACCCGGAACUCGCAUUGAACGAGGUGCAAUGCCACGACUGGCUGACAGACUUUCUGGAACGACGCGGAUUCAACGUGACGCGGCAUUACCUCCUGGACACGGCCUUCAAAGCGGAAUUCAAAGCUCCCGGAGGGACGCAAGGGCCUUGCGUGGCCUUGCUGUGUGAGUACGACGCCCUGCCCGAUAUCGGUCACGCCUGCGGCCACAACCUGAUCGCCGAGGCAUCCAUUGGUGCGGCGCUGGCUGUGAGCGAGGCCAUGAAGAACCACAAGCACAUUCGCGGCAAAGUGGUUGUACUGGGCACGCCUGCAGAGGAAAGCCGUUGCGGUAAGGAGCUGCUGAUACGCAAGGGCGCCCUGCAGGGAGUCGACGCGGCGCUCAUGGCGCACCCAAGUCCAAGUGACGUCCUCGUAAUCGGCUUCGCCGCUACUCAGCAGCUGGUAAUCCGCUUCAAAGGCAAAUCAGCCCACGCAGGAACUUCGCCGUGGGAAGGACUGAGCGCCCUGGACGCUGCCGUCGCUUCGUACGUCAAUGUGAGCCUCCUUCGACUGCAGCUGAAGCCGACCAGCAGGAUUCACGGCGUGAUAACCGAGGGCGGCAAGUCCCCGAACGUGAUUCCCGAGGAGACGGAGAUGUGCUUCAGCGUCCGUGCUCCGUGCGUCGAGGAACUGGCCCAGCUCCUGCGAAAGGUGGAGGCCUGCUUCAGAGCGGCGGCCGAGGCCACGGGCUGCUCCCUGGACGUGGAGAAGAGGUUGCCGUACAUGAACGUCCUGCACAAUGUCGCCAUCGCGGAAACCUACCGGAAGCACGCCCACGCGUUCGGCGUGUCCUUUCUGGACGACGUCGAGAAGAACCUGCCGCCCUUGGGAGGUGCCACGGACUGCGGCAACGUGUCGUACCGGGUGCCCGCCAUCCACCCGUUGUUCGCCGUACCCGCCGCCAAGGGAUCGGGGAACCACACACGAGGUUUCGCCGCCGUUGCCAACGCCGCGGACUCCCAGCCUCCCACGUUGAGGGUGGCCAAAGUCCUGGCACUGACGGCGCUCGAUCUGCUCACGGACGCCAAGCUGCUGCGCGAAGCGAAGCGGGAGUUUGCCGCUCGGCAACUACCGCCGGAAGAGGAGCUGCGAUCUGCACUACCAUGAAAUGACAGUUUCAGCCGCUGCACAUACGUCAGCUGGAGUCACAUGCAGGGCCGGUCCGCCGAUCUAGCAGCUUGGCAGAAUUUUCCGACCAAUAAAAAUAAAAAAAUAAAUAAAAAAUGUUUGCUCGGCUAUUGAAUACACUUUUAUGCAUACGCGUCAAAUUGACGCGGUUAGUUUCGCUGUUUUGGGAUGUCGCGUGACAGAUAGGCGAAGUGGGCGCAGCCCGAAAGCUUUUGACCGGUUGCGGAGGGCUGUUGGUGAUAAAGGCAUAGAAUCGGAAAUAAUUAUUUUAUUGCGACAGCAAUUAUAUGGACACUCUAAGCGCAUUUCUGCGCUCCCCGUCGCCGCCAGGUUCCGUAUAAAGUCCAAACACGCUAAACUCGUCGCAACACACCGUAGGCUGUAUGUGCGAGGGAAAGCUUGCGAUGGUCAGCCGACCAUCGCGGCGGAAUCUCGCGUGCGCGGAGGGGAAGGCAGUGCGGAAGCGCGCCGAUUCCUCUCGUGCGCGAGGCACGGGGGCAGGCGAGGGAGGGAGGUGUGGGUGAGGGGCGCUCUACUCCGGCGUCUGCUGCUUAGGGUGCGGCCGCGCUGGAGACGUAUCGUGCUGGCGAUCUGCGACGCCGACAAAGUGUGUGCCCGCGCGGGCCUCAUCUUCAAAGCGAUCUGCGAUGUGGACAAAGUACGCGGAGUGCCGGUAGCUUUGUAUGCGCUGUACUUUCGACGUUUAGUUCGCGUAGCAGUGAGAGACAGCGCGAAGGUCAAUAAGCUCGCUGCUGCUGCCGCUCUUACUCACUCCAGCGUUUUGAAAUCGAGUUUCCGCGGUCAUCGAGCG